AGUAAACAUUGAACCAUCAACCGCUGCACCGCAGUCUUAAGUUAUGUGAUUAUAUGAAAAGUUCUUAAACGAUGACUAAACUCCGGCAAUUUUUAAAUUUAUCUUAUUGUAGAUAUUAUAGCGCCCAGCAAGCGAAGAAAAAAGUGCCCAUUAUUUCAUGCAAGCGACCAGAGUUCAACCAUUAUGAAGGGCAAACUUACGGAAAAUUUGAGGUUAUCAAUCUUGCAUCGAAGGGUUGGUUGCAUGAUAAGUCUAAAGGCGAUUAUUUUUCUAUAUAUGGAAAUGCGAGUAAGAAAGACGUCGGUCCCGUGUUUAAGAAGAGUUUUGAAGAAAUCGGUUUGUCAGAAGAGUUACGAGAGAUUAUGACGCAGCAGGGCUAUAGUUUGCCAACCGUAAUUCAGGCAAAGUCGUUUUCCCCCAUUAUACAAGGGUAUAACACAGCCAUUACGGCUGAGACAGGUUGUGGCAAAACAUUGGCUUAUAUGUUGCCAAUCAUGCAACAUAUAGCACAAUGGAAACCUCAUAUUCAGGAAGAGUUUAACAGCCCGUUGGCCGUUGUUAUAACACCUAGUAGAGAAUUAGCAACACAACUGGGUGAAGUGGCCUCUAGCUUAGCAGAGAACCAAAACAUAAAUGUCACGACUCUGAUUGGAGGUAAAACGAAGAAGAAAAUAUUGGACCCUCCGAUCGAAUACUGUGAUGUUUUAAUCGCAACUCUUGGUGCGUUUAGCAAGCUUGUUACAACUGGUAUUUAUAAGAUACACAAUGUCCAUCAUGUGGUUUUGGACGAAGCUGAUACACUCUUGGACGACACUUUUAUUGAUAAAUUGGCUGCUUUGCUGAAGAAGUUUAGGAUACAAUACAAGUGUGACAUCCAGACUCAACCUGUAGGUUGCCAGAUCACACUAGUGAGUGCAACACUGCCCCAUGAGUUGCCAGAGUCGGUCAGUGCUUUCAUGGACCCACAGUCACUUCGGACAGUCACAACUAGUAAUAUUCAUAGGAUAUUACCCCAUGUGCCGCAUAAAUUCCUCCGUCUCGGCAAAGCGCAAAAGCCCGGCGAGCUGUUGAAACUAGUUCAAGCAGAUAUGAACAUGCACCGUCAAGUGAUGAUCUUCUCAAAUAAGACAGCCACCUGUGACUUUGUAUCGAUGUUUUUGAACGAGAACAACGUAGAAUGCUUGAAUAUUAACGGGAGAAUGGCUGUGCCCUUGAAAGCUGGCAAUAUGGAUGUGUUUAAAUCGGGGAAAGUUCGAGUAAUUUCUAGCACGGAUGUGGCGUCUCGCGGAUUGGAUACAACGGGGGUCAGCCAUAUAAUCAACUAUGAUUUUCCGUUAUACACGUCCGACUACAUCCACCGCUGCGGCCGAACUGGCCGGCUCGGUUCGCCCACAGACUGCACUAUCACGAACUUCAUAGCGUGGCCUCGCGAGGUGCAGCUGGUGCAGAGGAUCGAAGAGGCGAUCAGACGAAAUAAAGAGCUGCCGAAUGUGAACGCUAAUAUUAAACGGCAAAUUGUUAAUAGAAUUGUUAAGAUGUCUGAGUUGGUUUAAUAAAGCUUAGAAGUGUUUGAG